GCAGAUUUUCUCUUUGGAAAGCUUUUAAGGAGAAUCCAUUUUAUUUAAUCGGAAGAUUACUUGAUAAGCAUGAAAUCAGAGUAAUCAGUUGGGGUUUUUAAAAAUAUUUAUUUUAUUUUUUGAAAAAUUUAAAACACAGAAGUAGAAUAGUACCCUUAACACAUCACCAGUAAAUUGAGUCCUGGCUAUUCUUACUUCCUUUGUCUGUGUGCACAUGCGUAUACCCUCUUCUUAUUAAGCAAGACUCAAGACAUCAUUUAUGUGUAAAUAUUUCAGCAUGUAUAUUGCUAAAAGAUAAGUACUCCUUAAAAUAACAGUUCUUAAUAUUAAAUAAAUUGGACGAACUUGUAAUUGCCAUUCAUCAAGCUGUAAUACUGGUCUGAUACCCUAAUUUCCAGUGUGCCUCUCAGGGGCACUAGAUAGUCACAUCAUUAGUCAAGGCAUUCUUUCUUUUGGAAUGUAGAGAUAGACUCCCUUUUUGUUAAAAUGUUUUCCUUUAAGCAGAUCACAAUAUACAUUUAUUUUUCAGUUUGGGUUAAAGCACUUCUCUUGCCUCCUUGAUCUUAAGCUUCUGUAACCUAGUCGUAGUGCUACCUUAUCUCCUUAGGGCACCACUCUCCUGCAGCUGAUCUGCCUUGAUUUCAUACAGAGGAUGACCAGCCUUAUCUCCCAAGUUCUGAGACUACUUUGACCUCAUUUUGGUUAAGUUUAGUUGCCUUCUGAUGAAAGUUUCUAGAAAUGUAAAAGCUGAAAAUUUUAUAAUGGAAGUUUUUUGAGCUUCUGUACUUUUUUUUUUUUUAAUAUCGAUGCAUUUUAGAUGAGCUAUGUGAAUAUGUCUAUAUACAUCUAUUAUCCUAAUGUGCAUGAAACAAAAAAAAUUGAGAAUUUUAUUGUGUUUACUUUCUGUGGGUUGGGACUUCAUUAGGGUUUGGGUUUUUGAGUUCUGAGUGAUUUUGGGUUGUAAAAGAACCCCAGAUGACUAGUUUUGAAAUUCUGUAUUACAGUUGUAAUGCUUGCACAUGGUUAACAAAAAUUCAACAGAAGUGUUUAGUGAUCUGUGUCUCCUUUCUUCCAAGUGGUGGUUUUUGGUUUUGGUUUUGGUUUGCAGCACGUAUGGGGAGCAUGAGCUUAAAUGUAUAGAUCUUUUUUUUUAUAAAAAGAUAGUAUACUCCUAUGUUCUGAAUUUUCCUGUUUUCACUCAGUAUUUUUAUAGAAACAUUUAUUUGGAGACAUAGGAGACAGCACUCCUAGCCAUGUUUUAAGAAGUACAUUUCAAAGAAGCCAAAGCAGAGAAGUAAAUGUAUUUUUCAUUGUAUCAGAAGUUUGGACUUGUUUUAAAAAUGCGAUUUGAGACCGUUUCAUAGUUGAGCUAUUGCCUCCCCCUCAGCCGUCAUAAGUAGAUCAAUUGUCAACAGAUUUAAGAAUGUUUAGGAACAACCCCUUGGGAAAACAGUUGGGUAUAACUCACAGCCAUUUGACCCCUAGAUGUAUACCCUAGAGAAAUUCUUGCACAUGUGCACCAGGACAUGGAUGUAAGAAUGUUCAUAGUGGCAUUGUUUGUAAUGUUCAUAGCAGCAUUGUUUGUAAUAGGAAAGGAAAAAAAACAGGAAAGAUACCAAAUGACCUUCUGCAGUCCAGUUGAUAAACAUUGUGGUAGAUUCCUACAAUGGAAUUCCACAGAAGUGACACUUACCUGAACUACAGCUACACGUGUGAACAUGGGUGAAUCUCAACAUAAUGUUCAAAAAGCAAGUCGUAGAAGAAAACUUCCACUGUAAAUCCAUUUCUCUGACUGUCAAAUCAGGCUGUUAAGUAUAUGGUAAAUGAGAAGCAAGGAAACGAGUAAUACAAAAUUGAUGUUACCAUUGUGUGCAAGGCUUGAAAAGAGAUGUGGUUGUGGAGGGCAAAGAGACCUUCAGAGGAACCAGUGAUGCUUCAUUGCUGAAGCUGGGUGGGUGGUGAUACACAAGUGUUUCCCUUUUUAAACUGUAUGUAUAUGUGCUUUUGUAUUAUGAUAAUUUCUUAAUAAAAUAUUAAUUUUUUAAAAUGGGAAAAGGUCUUGGUGUAGGUAGUGACUGAUAAAAACAUAGAGAUAAAAACAUAAUGUAUUUCAUGAAAUUUUAACCCUCCUUCCCUUAGUGGCAGAUUUCAAAGCUACUAUAUCUUGAUUGCCAAAUUUAGGAUCUUAAUUGUAGUCUUUAAAAGUUCGAAGCAUGACCUAUAUGUAUUUUUUGGGGGGGUUAUGUCUUAUUUUCAUCUUCUCACCAGUGCUCUUGUUCUCCUGUCUAAGCAGCUUCCACAGAAGCUUUUCUCAGAUUUAUGCCAGUCGAGUAAGUGAAAUUGCUAGGCUGAAAAAGAGCCGUACUCCUGGCCUGUGGUCAGCACAUUGCUCAAUUAAACGUCAACUCGGAGAGGCUCUUGUGUUUUCACCUUAUUCUCAUCUUAGUAGAUUAAGGUACUAUCAAGUGUUUAAAAAAAAAAAAAAAGCUUACUCUUUAAUUUAAAAGGAGGGAAGGAGGUUAUUGAAACUGAAAAUGCA